UAAGAGUAGAGAACAGAACAGAACAUAACUCUCUGUAAGAAAAAAGGAACCCAGCUGCUCCUCUUUCUGUUUCCUCUUUCCCUUUUCCCUUUUGGGUUUAUUAUCUCUUCGCCCGAAAAAGUUCAGUUGUCUGUAACCGAUCAUCAUCAUCAUCAUCAUCAUCAUCAUCAUCAUUUUCUGUAUUCUGAUCUUUUUGUUCUCUUCUUCCAUUUCGGUGGCGACAAUAAAGGAGGGUUGGUUAGAGGAUAUACAAGAACUUCACCAGAUUGCAUCUGUUAUAUUGUCUGAAAGAACAAGAAGAAACCCUAAGGUUCCGUUUGGUCAGAUGGAUGGUUUGUGUUGGAACGACUCUGUCUACGCUCAAGAACCAUUGAUGGAUUCCAUCAACUGUUCUCAAUAUGUGAAACCCAGAUCGGAUUCGAGAUGGGGAAGUGAACUGAUAACUCCGGAGCUGUGUUCUUCUCAGCUCAUCAACCUUCCUCCUCUGAGCAGUUUCAUGGUUGACGUGGGACCCAUGCAGCCGCAGCAACAGCAACGACAACAUGUUAAGAACAGCUGUUCGAUCGACCAAUCACUUGACUGUUUAUUAUCAGCGAGCAACAGCAACAACACUUCAACGUCGGUGGAAGAUGAUGGCAUUUCCGUGCUUUUCUCGGACUGCCAAACGCUAUGGAGCUUCGGAGGAGUCUCGUCUGCGGAAUCUGAGAACCGAGAGGUUGCUGAGACUGUCUCUCGGGUCGCUUCAGAUCAAACGAAGCUCAAGUCUGCAGCAAAAAGAGCCAGAGCUGAUGAAACAGGAAGUUACUUCCGUUUUGUUGGUCCCCAGGAUGAUGCAUUUCCGACAGAAACUGGAGAUUUCAAGCUCAUCUACAAUGAAAAUCCGACAAAAUCCAAGAAACCCAGAUCAGAGAAACCAUCAGGCUCAUCUAGUAUCAGUUUCCAGCAGCCCAGCUCGAACUCGACGUCCUUGUCUGGAGAUACAGAACCGGACGCAGAGGCCAUGGCUCAGAUGAAGCAGAUGAUCUACAGAGCAGCAGCGUUCAGGCCAGUAAAUUUCGGAUUGGAGAUGGCGGAGAAGCCGAAGAGGAAGAACGUGAGGAUAUCCACGGAUCCACAGACGGUGGCAGCGAGGCAUCGGAGGGAGAGGAUCAGCGAAAGGAUUAGGGUUUUGCAGAGAUUGGUUCCAGGGGGGACAAAGAUGGACACCGCAUCAAUGCUCGACGAGGCUGCUAAUUACCUCAAGUUCCUUAGGGCGCAAGUAAAGGCGUUAGAAAACUUAAGCCCCAAGCCUGAUCCAUCGCCAUCAUCAUCACUCCCCUUGUUCCACCCACCUUCUCUGUUUCUCCCCAUGCAAAACCCUAACCAUACACACGAUCCACAGAGUUGAAAAAAUCACUGAUCCAGAUCAUCAAAACCCUUUGAUUUGAUUAACCCUAACGAAAAAGAGGAUAAUGAUUAAAACCCUAAUAACCAGUUUCCAAGAAAGGUACUCUGAUCACAAGUCUCUGGGCACUGGUGUUUUUUUUUUUUUUGGGUGUGGAUUCCAUGGAAGUGUUGUUGGUGCAAUUAGAGCAUUGGAAUUGUGAAAAAACAAAGCUGGAAAUGGCUCACUCUCUGCAGCUCUGAUCUGUUACACUUUUUUUUUUAUAUUGUUAUUUUUUUUUAUUUUCAGAAGAGCGUGAGGAAAAAAAGGCCGAUUUUUUUUUUUUUGCAAUUAUGAAGCUAUGAUUGAGACCAAAUCCAUGAGUUUAGAAAGUCUGUCCUUUA